UUAUCCACAUGGUUGAAAGUUAUCCGCAUGGUUGAAAUAAACCAAUUGACAAACGACGAGGUUUCAGGUGUAUUCUUAAAAAGGAUUACCAAAUGUCAAAAAAAAAUGUCAUUAGUCACAAGAGGAUCAGAUAAUACUCAAAUCAGCUGUGCAAUUAAAGCAAGUAAUGAACUUGUAAAGAAUUUACACCGUGAUGGAUUAGAUCGUGGGUGCAUCGCGACAUUUAAUAGUAGAAUGAUUGUGAGACAGAAUUUUACUAGAGAUGAAACAUCACUCUAUCGUUCUCUUAACGGGUUAAGGAACUAUGUUAGUGGUACCACUCGUCUUUAUGAUAGUAUUGUUGACAUCAUAAAAACCUUUCACAGUAGCGGUGACCGUAAUCGCCCUUGGAUUUUGGUUGUGGUAACUGAUGGUGAUGACACUGGCAGUACUCGCAGUUUACUUUCUUGUGCUGGAGAAAUAUCACGCUUAUUUACUAAAGAUUCUAGUAACUUUUUGUUUCUUGUUGGUGUCGGUGACGAUGUGAAUUCAACAAAGAUGGAACAG